UCUGGGAGAUUCAGGACUUUUGCAUAGAUUGAGGAGCUAAUGAAAUCUGUUGUUUGCAACUUAAAAAAACAUUUUUAUCUUUCCUUUUUUGUUUUUGUUCAGAAAAGCAAAAUAACACUUUGUUUAUUAAGUCUGAUCACAAUGUUUCUGGUUCUUUUAGCUACCCCAGAGUUAAAGGAUUUUUUUGCCAAAGCCCGGAAUGGCUCCGUCCGUCUGAUCAAAAUUGUCAUUGAAGAUGAACAGCUAGUGCUGGGAGCCUACAAAGAAUUGUCUCGGUUCUGGGAUAAGGACUAUGACUCCUUUGUGCUGCCAUUGCUGGAUGAACAGCAACCAUGUUACAUCCUGUACCGCUUUGAUAGUCAGAAUGCACAAGGCUUUGAAUGGCUCUUCAUCUCCUGGUCACCUGAUAAUUCCCCUGUUAGGCUGAAGAUGCUGUAUGCAGCAACCAGAGCAACAGUGAAAAAAGAAUUUGGAGGAGGACACAUAAAGGAUGAGCUGUUUGGAACAGUUAAGGAAGACAUCUCACUAAGUGGUUACCAGAAGCAUGUCUCCUCAUGCUCAGCACCAGCUCCCCUGACAGCAGCUGAACAGGAGCUCCAGCAAAUCCGCAUCAGUGAGGUGAAGACCGAGAUCAGUGUGGAGAGCAAACACCAGACUCUGCAGGGACUGGCUUUUCCUCUGCAGCGUGAUGUUCAGCAAGCUGUCCAGUUACUAAAGCAGAAGAAAAUCAAUUACAUCCAGCUGAAACUGGAUCUUGAACAAGAGAUCAUUGAGCUGGUACAUACGAACCCCACAGAGAUAGCAGAUCUCCCAAAAAGGAUCCCUCAGGAUUCUGCUCGCUAUCACUUCUUCCUGUACAAACACACCCAUGAGGGGGACUACCUGGAAUCUGUUGUGUUUAUCUACUCCAUGCCUGGAUACAAAUGCAGCAUCAAGGAGCGCAUGCUUUAUUCCAGCUGCAAGAGUCGGUUGCUGGAUACUGUGGAACAGGACUUCUGCCUGGAAAUUGCAAAGAAGAUUGAGAUUGAUGACGGAGCUGAGCUGACUGCAGAAUUCCUGUAUGAUGAGGUCCACCCCAAGCAGCAUGCUUUCAAGCAGGCAUUUGCCAAGCCCAAGGGACCUGUGGGGAAACGAGGACAGAAACGACUUAUCAAAGGGCCAGGAGAGAAUGGCGAUGACAGUUAAAUCCCACAGGGCAGUAGGAUGGGUCAGGAACCAGUCUGUGAACAGGCAGCUUCCAGAAUCACAUUUCCCAUAGAAU